ACAAUCGAAGGUUAACACCGUCCCAACAACUAACCGAUGGGGACCAAAUGGAAGCAAAGAAUAAAGUUCAAGAACUACUAAUGUAGUUUCUUCUUCUGUUCUCGUUAGUUUAUCCCUCUCUCUGAUCUGGGAAAGUCUUCCAUCCUCUCCGCUCCCCCAUGUCCUUUUGUAUAAUUCAUUACUAAUUUGUAUCUCUCAGCUUUUGUAUCGACCUUAAAUGGGUGUUGAGAUGAAGUUUCUAGGGAUGGAUUUCAGCUGUGCGUUUGGAUCUCUCAGCGACGGACAAUUCCCAGAAAAAGACUGUUUACUUCCACUGAUUUCGAAGCUCCUUGGCUACUGCAUCGUCGCCGCUUCCACCACCGUCAAACUCCCUCAGAUAUUAAAGAUUUUGAAGCACCAAAGUGUCAGAGGGCUUAGUGUUAUGGCCUUUGAGCUUGAAUUAGUUGGCUACACCAUUGCUUUGGCUUAUUGUCUUCAUAAAGGGCUCCCAUUCUCAGCUUACGGGGAGUUGGCAUUUCUUUUGAUUCAAGCUAUAAUUUUACUUGCAAUUAUCUACUAUUAUUCUCAGCCUCUGGGAACCAAGACGUGGAUGAAGGCAUUGCUAUAUUGUGGUGUGGCACCCACCAUCUUGGCUGGUCAAAUUGAUCCCAUUCUCUUUGAAGCUCUAUAUGCAUCUCAACAUGCAAUUUUUUUCUGCGCUAGGGUCCCACAAAUUUGGCAGAACUAUAGUAAUAAAAGCACCGGGGAACUCAGCUUUUUAACCUGUUUAAUGAACUCUGCAGGUUCACUGGUGCGAGUUUUCACCAGUCUCCAGGAAAAAGCUCCAACAAGUGUGGUUCUGGGCUCUGUCAUUGGUAUUGUGUUGAAUGGUACCAUCUUGAGCCAGAUAAUCAUGUACCAGAAACCAUCACAAGGGAAGAAAGAAAAGAAAAAAGAUUAGAAGAAUGAGGCUGGGCCCCAGGAGCUUUUCUCUCAAGGUGUCAUGGUGUUCUCAAGUUGGACUUGAUUCCCUAAUUAUUGAUACCCGAAGGUCAGGUAGCAUUUUUUCUUUUCUUUUCUGUAUUCGUGAUUUUCCGAGAUAGAAGUUCAUGCUUCCAUGUUGAAUCAAAUACAGUGUUUCUUCUCUGAACCAAAAUCCUUUACGUAGAUUGCUCCGUUAUGUAGAAUGGUAGAAUUGAGAUAAGCUCCGUUAUGCAACUUACAUUGUUGGCCAUACUAUUAUCAGCUUUAACAAUUAAGUGGGACAAUGCCACCCAAUCUCCUUUA